UGGGAAAAGGAUUUACAAAACAAUAAAAUAGAUUUAUUCAUUCUGAGAUAGAUGAGUAACUGGAGGAACAACACUGGGGGUCGAAAGCCGCUGUCAUUUGUGGCAGCCGCUCCUCCGCCCCCACCACCUCCUCCACCAAUCCCAGAUGAUGAUGAUGUCUGGGGUGAGGAACUGCCGGAAGAUGCUCUUGAGGAGGCGAUGCUGCUGGAGUCGCAACAUCUUGCCAGGCCACUGACUGAGGACCAUGUCCCAGCCCCAUCAACACACAGCAAGCGGCAGCCGCCGGUGGCGGCGCCCAGCACCGUCCGCGUGCCGCCGCCGGAGCCCGCGGCGCCGCUGUCUGAACUGCAGCAGCUGCGGCGCGACCACCAGGCACUCAGCGAUCAGCUGCGCGCUGCAAAGGCCGACAAGUACACCCAGCAGGGGCAGGUGUCUGUUCUGCGGGAGGAGCUGACACGGCGCUGUCGGGAGCUGGAGAACUGUCGCCUGGAGAGCUCGCGCCAGCUGCAGGAGCAGCACUCCUGUCUGGAGCAGAGCACGGCGGCGCUCAACAAGGAACUGGAGACGCUCCGCACAGAGCUCCAGUUCAAGAGCCACGAGCUUGCCGAGGUCACCCGCCAGUAUCGGGCUCUGCGCGACUCGCCCGGACGCGCUGCCAGUCCGCCGCGGAAGGCGCCGCGACUCGACUCCGCCGACCAGUCGUUCGCCGCCGCUCGCCGCUUCGUCACCAGCUCGGAGUUUCGCCGACCGGAGAAGUUUGCAGCGCGGACCGAGACGUCUGGCACUCAGACGGAUCCGGACCCUGAGGAGUCGCAGCCAGACGGUGACGAGGUGGCCGCCCACCAGCUGGUGCUGUCCGUGCUGCGGGCCUGCGCCGACUGCCGCUGGCUCGACGGCGCCGCUCUCUCUGAGCUGGCCGACCCGGACCCGCAGCGGGCCAGUGGCGCGGCCCACCGGCUGGCCGCCGCCGCCACCGGCCGGCUCGCCGCGUUCUCAGACAGCGUGGAGCGGCUGCGGGCGACCCGGGCUGACGACAGGCAGGUGUGCACGCUGGGCUCUGGCCGGCGUCGGACGGCGGCCCGCCAGGCUCUCCAGCAGGAGGAGACGGCCGCCGUGGCUGCGCUGACCGCCCUCAGACGGCUGGCCGAGUGGUCGGCGCCGCUGGCAGCGCGGCUGGCCGCUGACCGGCCGCUGACCGAGCUGCUGCCGCGACUGCUGCGGCCCGCCAUCGCCCAGGGUGAAGUGACGAAUGCCCACAUUAUGGAGCACACCGCCGUCCUGCUGGCGACGAUGGCCGGCGACACCCUCCCGGACGAACUAUUCCAGGCUCUCUGUCCCGUCGUGCACGAGGUGUUUAACACCAAGCCGCCGUCCCGGCUGUUAUUGGCUCUGCUGGAGCUGCUGAUCAGUGCGGCCGGCACAGGGCAGAUAGCGGGCCUCUGGUGCCGCGCCGCCCCGCCCCCGGCCGAGCCCCCCGCCCGGAAACACACAGGCACGUGUCUGAUGAAGAAGCUGAACAUCCUCUGCUGCGAGCGGGGCGCGCCGUCCGAUCCUCCGUCCCCGUCCAGCUACCGACUGCCUGCGAGUCACAGUCGCCACGGGCCGCAGAGGCAGCCGCUGACCACCGGACGGGCUGACCUGAGCUCGCAGCAGGGUAAACGGUGGAAGCUGUCGGCGGCCGGCGGCGCCUGCGACGCCCGCUGGCUGCGGAUG